AAGUAGGCCCCCCACAAUAAUUUUUGGUCUUGAUACUUGUCCAACAGAGUUGAUGUAAUAAACUGUAUAUGGACCAUCAGUGGAAAAUAGUGGGUAGAAACCAAUGUGUGCUGGAUCUGGAUCAGUGAUUUGGCAAUGGUCAAACGCCACUCUUCCAAUGUUUUUGUGGACAGACUUGCGUACAGAACUGCUUUUGUAAAAAUGCACCUAGUUAAGAAUGAACACCAGAGAAGUGCUGCCAUAGACAUGGGCUUCAUGUCACGUUGGUUUCCUGUUUAUAACCAGUAGGCACAGCAACAGAGUGAUGACUGCGUGCCAAGUGCCAGCUGCCCUUAUUCACCAGAUUCAAGAAGAACUGGAUAAAGAAGAAGAAGAGAUGAUGGUUUUCCUGUGCAGAGACCUUGCUCCUGACUUGGCCACUGCUGAUCUUAGAGAGAUCUUGGCAGCUUUGAAUGAGAGGGAGAAACUGUCUCCUGUUGGCUUGUCUGAGCUGCUGUACAGAGUUAAAAGGUUUGACUUACUGAGGAGGAUCUUGAACACUGAGAAAGCAACAGUGGAAGCUCACCUGACCAGGAGUCUCAGACUUAUCCCUGAUUACAGGGUGCUAAUGGUAGAAAUAAAUGAGAAUCUGGAAAAAGAGGAAGUGGGUUCUCUUCUUUUUCUACUUAGAGACUAUACACCUCGGAUGAAAAUGGCAAAAGAUAAGAGUUUUCUAGCUCUUGUAAUUGACCUGGAGAAACUAAAUUUGGUGGCUCCUAAUCAACUGGAUUUGAUAGAAAACUGUUUUCGAAGUAUUCACAGGAUAGAUUUGAUUAGGAAGAUUCAGAACUACAAACACAAAGCUUUAAUGUCCUCCAUUCAUUCUCAGCCAGUGUAUGUAAAUGCACGCCCAGCAUCUCUCACUAAUCUCAAUCUGAUUGAUCCUCCUUACAAUUCAGGGAUUCAGAAUGGGAACAAAGAAAAAUUACAAAAUGGACUAAAUCAUACCCUGGCAGAACCAGUUCCCAUGUCCAUUCAGGAGUCGGGAUCAGCGUCACAUAAGGGGACUGAUGAACCUUACAGAAUGCAAAGUCAACCUUUAGGAAUAUGCCUGAUCAUAGACUGUAUUGGCAAUGAUGCAGAUGUGUUGGAAGAGACCUUCAGAGGCUUGGGCUAUGACGUUCAUUGUCACAGAUAUUUAAAUAUUGCCACCAUGAAGCAAACAUUGCUUGACGUUGCAAGUUUGCAGCAGCACAGAAAUUAUGACAGCUUCAUUUGCAUAUUGGUCAGCCGUGGAAGUCAUCAGGGCAUCUUCUGUACAGAAAUUACCUGUUCUGGAUUCCCUUUGGAACAAAUAAAAAAUUACUUCACACCAGACUCAUGUCCUGGACUCCUAGGAAAACCAAAGCUUUUUUUUAUUCAGAGCUACAUUGUGCCAGAAAAUGAGCAAGAAUGUACUAGUCUGUUGGAAGUAGAUGGGAAUGAUAAAAAUAUCGUUACUAAAGUCAUUAUCCCCCGAGGAGCAGACAUCUUUUGGAGCCAUUGUAAGGUGGAUGUAUCUACACUAGAAAAAUCCUCAACUUCAUGCUCAUAUUAUCUGCGUUGUCUGGCUGAGCUACUCCGUGAUCCUUACAUAAGGAAACUCCCUAUAUCAGAUAUCCAUACGGAACUGAACGGAAGAGUUUAUAAAUGGAAUGAGACCGCUGACCCAUGCCAACAAUACUCACUUCUGCUCCAGCACACACUGACGAAGGAACUUUUUCUUUUUCCUACUUAACUGCUCUUGGAAAGGAUAUGUCUGAAGUUUCUAACAAGAAGUAUUUAAUAUGAUCCGAACAGUUUCACACAUACUUUUACUUUAUGCAUUUUAUUUCAUGUAUAUCUAAAGUGCCUGUUGCUUCCAAACCCAAGAAUUUGGAAGCAUUUUGGUGCGUUAAGACACUAGAUUUUAUAUUUUAGUGCAGAAGUCUCUGAAAGCUUGGGUGAGAAUGGUAGCUAUUGUAUAGCACUGCAGCAGAUCUUGCAACUAAAUACAACAGGUAAACAGAGGGAGAAGAGCUAUAAACUGUAUAGCUGUUGGGUUUUCCAACAAAACUAAAGUGGCUUCAUUGUUUUAUUGGUGAUUUUUUAGCAUACCUGUUAGCAGUUAAUGCUUAAACAAAUACAAGCUGGACCAAACCACCGAAAUGCUCUGGGUACUUUCCCCUGCACGGCAAAUGUGUCAGGAAAGAAUUCCUACAUAGUAAUGCUAGUUCUUCAUUAACAAGUUGUGGUUUGCAUGCCUCCACAGACUACCAAAACAGGAGGGGGAGAGAGAUGGUCUUUCUAAUAAUCUGGAUUCCAUCUGCUUGCUGCCUUAGAGAUUGUGUCAUCAGUACUGUCCACAGCACACAAGGGCUCUAUGUUAUUAAAUGAGACAGUCUGCCAUGUUUUGGCUAAGUUUUCCACUGAUGCAAAAAUGAGUCUACAUGUGGCAGGACAUUACAGUAAUCUACCACACAGUUAAAAAAAUGGGGGAUUUUUGCAGAUAUUUUGUGGAAGCUGAAACUUGAUUCACACUCAUUACAACCAUAGUUGUAAAAGGACAAUUAAAAAUAUUUGAACCUAAGCAUAGCAUGUAGCACGGUUCUUAAGCCAUGGGCUCUUUGGAUUAAAUUAAACACCCCAUCCUCACUGGUUUUGCUUAUGAAAAAGAAUAUGCCUUUAUUAAUGGAUUUUUUUCCCAAGUUUUUUCCAUAAAUAUGAAAACUUUUCUCCGGUGGAGUAAGUGCCUAACAUGAAAAGUUCAGUAAUCUGCUUGUUGUAUAACAGUAAAACCUGGAUGGGUUGUCCCUCCUAAAGUAGGCCACUUGCAAACUUUUGAUAUUCCUAAUAGAGUCUGCUAUCCAGGGAACAAAA